AUGGCUCCAACCGCUGUCAGCAACGCUUCCGAGUCGGCGCCUGCGCCAAGCUCGAAGCUGGUCUCUGCGUCGGGGCUCAUUCAGGUCCCUGAUUCAGAUGUAGCCUUUGCACCUGCCACAGAGCCUUAUCAGCGCCGACUGAAGCUGACAGAGAGCGAUCCUCGUGAGACAGAGAUUACCUUCCCGCUCAUCCUCAAGCCAGUGCGAGCCGGCGACAAGGAUGAGGACCUGACCACGGCACAGCUGGUCGAGGCGCUCAAGCCAUUGGCUCCUGUCCCGUCAACCACGUACCAGCCGUCGAAGCUGCAACAGCUUAUGGAUGCGCAUGGCGGAGCGAUCCACUUCAAAGGACUCCCCGUUCGUGACGCCCACGACUUCAGCGAAUUCAUGCAUGCUCUCGCCGGCACUGCUCCUCCAGGCGGCGACGCUGCAGGCAAAUACAAUUUGUGGACACACCACGUGGACAAGGGGCUCAUGGUGAUCCGACAUGCCAUGGCGCCCAAUGUGGCAACUGCCAACGAGGGACCGCCUCACCAGUCGAUCGGAUCGCACAACGAGUACGGCCUGUCGACGCACUACCCUUCCGUGAUCGCAUUCUGCUGUCUUUCGGCGCCCACAUCGGGCGGACAGACGCCUAUUGUCAACAGUCUCGCGCUGUACGAUCGACUCAAGUCGACGACGCCAGGAUACAUCGAAAAGAUUCAAAGAAGCGGGCUGACAUUUAUCAUCCACCAUCCCGUAGCGAAGGUGAACGGCAGCGUGCAAGGAAACAGCUUGUACAAUGCUGAUUCGUUCGGUCCGACACCAGAUGCAGAAGUGGAUCUGGCGAGUCUGAGUGAGGAGCAGAAGAGGAAGCUUGUCGAAGAGAACAUUCUCGAGCUGGCGCGUGAAGGUGGAUGGGGCGAUUCGACGGAGGAUGGGAGAGAGGAAGAUGGGAAGUAUGGUGCUUGGCAUCAAAGGGGCUUCUCAUGGGCCUGGCUGCCCGAUGGAUCUAUCAACGUCUUCCAGCGUGUUCCCGGCAUCCGCGUUCAUCCCACACUCCAAAAGCCCGCCUAUUUCAACAACGUCGGCAAUCGAUACGCCUACUCCAAGGAGCACGGAUGUCUGCAACCCCCUCACUACUCAGAAGAGAAGAAAGACUACUUCCCUCCGCCGUCCUUCCCGCUCCCGCCCGGCAAAGAGAUACAAACAGCAGAUGGCAUAAAGCAAGAGGACGAAACGAUCCCGCUCGAAUGGCUCGAACAAGCACACCAGUGGACCAAGGAAUUGCAGGCUCACGUCGAAUGGCAGCAGGGCGACAUCCUCGUCAUCGACAACCUCGCGGUGCAGCACGCGCGAACCCCCUGGACAGGCCCACGCAAGCUCGUCGCCAGCCUAUGGGACCAGCGUUCGUACCUCGACUUGAAUCUCCCGCUCCGAACCUAG